AUGAAGCUCCCUAACAUCUCCCCCCUGGUUGCGCUCGCCAGCGCGCUGGCAGCACCAACAGUAGCAGCAGCUGCCGUCGUGACCACAGCUUCGGUCACAGCCAUACCCAUAGAGGCAGCUGUAACGCAGACCGCGGCGGCCGCCCCUUACGAGGAGGACAUCGUCGACCUCCUCUUCACACGCACCGAUCUCGAAGACGCAGUCGCAGACACGGCCCACACCGCAACGUUUCCGGAGCUGAUCCUCAUCUACGCGCGAGGAUCGCUGGAACCCGGAAAUCUCGGUCUAGAAGCCGGCCCCGAACUCUCCAACGCCCUCGAAACCCACUACGGCGACGCCUCCGCAGUGUGGAUACAGGGCGUCGGAUACCCGUACAUCGCCGACCUAGUGGCGAACUUCCUGCCGGACGGCACGACGCAGGCGGCCAUCGCCGAGGCGGCGCGGCUGUUCGCGCUGGCUCAGGUGGUUUGUCCUGGGACGCCUGUCGUGGCGGGCGGGUAUAGCCAAGGAACAGCAGUAAUAACAAACGCCCUAUCAAACCUACCCCCAUCAACCCAAGACCAGAUCAAAGGCGCAGUCCUCUUCGGCUACACGCACAACACGCAGAACCACGGCGCCAUACCGGACUUCCCCAGCGAGAAGACGAAGGUGUACUGUCUGCCGCUGGACGCCGUCUGCGAUGGCACGCUUUUCAUGCUGCCGGAUCACUUUCUGUACGAGUAUGAGGCGGCUGUCGAUGCGGGUCUGUGGCUUGGGGGCAGACUCGGGUGGUAA